CUUGUCACUUGCACAAUCUACUAGCAAAGGUUAUGCAGUGCCUGAACACGAUCAUGGCAGAAUCACCAGGCCUCAUCACCAUCUGCCUUUUAGGAUAUCUACUCAGUGCUGAAUGUACAGUUUUUCUUGAUCAUGAAAAUGCCACCAAAAUCCUGAAUCGGCCAAAGAGGCAUAAUUCAGGUAAAUUGGAAGAGUUUGUUCAAGGGAACCUUGAGAGAGAAUGUAUAGAAGAAAAGUGUACUUUUGAAGAAGCAAGAGAAGUUUUUGAAAACACUGAAAAAACUACUGAAUUUUGGAAGCAAUAUUUUGAUGGAGAUCAGUGUGAGUCCAAUCCAUGUUUAAAUGGCGGCAAGUGCCAGGAUGAGAUUAAUUCCUACGAAUGUUGGUGUCCAGUUGGAUUUGAAGGAAAGAACUGUGAAUUAGAUGCAACAUGCAACAUGAAGAAUGGCAAGUGCAAGCAGUUUUGUAAAAUGGGUGCUGACAACAAGGUGCUUUGCUCCUGUACUGCUGGAUACCGCCUCGCAGAAGACCAGAAGUCCUGUGAACCGGCAGUGCCAUUUCCAUGUGGGAGAGUUUCUAUCCCUCACACUUCUACGAAGCACACCCGCGCUGAGGCUGUUUUUUCCAAUAUGGACUAUGAAAAUUCUACUAUAGAUGAAAUAAUUUGGGAUAACAUCACUCGAAGCACCGAACCAUAUAACAACCUCACUCGAAUUGUUGGCGGAGAAAAUGCCAAACCAGGUCAAUUCCCAUGGCAGGUCGUUCUAAAUGGUAAAAUCGAUGCAUUCUGUGGAGGCGCCAUCAUUAAUGAAAAAUGGAUCGUGACUGCAGCCCACUGUCUCAAACCUGGUGAUGCUAUUACUGUUGUCGCAGGUGAAUAUAACACUCAGGAGGAGGAGCAUACAGAGCAAAAGCGAAAUGUGAUUCGCGUUAUUCCGCACCACAAUUACAAUGCAACUAUUAAUAAGUACAACCAUGACAUUGCCCUCCUGGAACUGGAUAAACCCUUAACGCUAAACAGCUACGUAACACCUAUUUGCAUUGCUGACAAGGAAUACACGAGCAUCUUCCUCGCAUUUGGGUCUGGCUAUGUGAGUGGCUGGGGGAAAGUCUUCAACAGAGGGAGAGCAGCUUCAAUUCUUCAGUACCUUCAAGUUCCACUUGUUGACCGGGCCAGAUGCCUUCGCUCCACCAAGUUCACCAUCUAUAGUAAUAUGUUCUGUGCUGGCUUCCAUGAGGGAGGUAAAGAUUCAUGCCAAGGAGAUAGUGGGGGACCCCAUGUUACAGAAGUAGAAGGCACCAAUUUCUUAACUGGAAUCAUUAGCUGGGGUGAAGAGUGCGCAGUGAAAGGAAAAUACGGAAUAUAUACCAAGGUAUCUGCGUAUGUCAAUUGGAUUAAGAAAAAAACAAAGCUCACUUAAAGAAAAAUGUAUUUCUAAGAUGGGCAUAUUCGGGAUUGAAAAUGAACAAGGUCCUUUACUAACUAAUCACUUUCUAUCUCUUUAGAUUUGAAUAUAUACAUUCUACGAAUACUGUUUUUCUCUUCACAGGGAGAAGUCCAUCUAGAAUUCACAUUUUACUAGAGUACGUAGAUUAGAAAACGUAAUCACUAGAGAAAUAAACUGUGGUAGGAAUUUGUGACUAUUCCUACAGGUCCAGCCCUUGACAAAACUGUGAAGUUAACUUCUUCAUAUUGCCCACCAGGCACUGUGUUUCUCCACUGAGGCAAUUCCCAAAUUCUCUCUCCUUAGCAGCAUUCCAUGUUCCAGAUCUUUCUUACCUCUCCCACCAAACCAUCAAAAUUGAUUAGAUCUGUAUCCAGGAUAUUUGGUCUAGUCCAUCACAAAGCUGGCACCACACUCAUAAAGGGAGAACACAGGAGCUUCUGACAGGUUAAAACUCAUCAGAAACACUGCUUCUUUUUCUGUACCCUUAUUCCUGGAUCCUUAAUCUUAAUAUUCAACUCUCUCCCUCCCUCCCUCCCUCCCUGAUUCCCUACCCAGGGAUAAAGGAGGGAAGGGGAGCAUCAUACUUUUUUACUAGAAUACACGAUUAUAUAUGUCUAUCAAACCCAGACUUGCUUUCAGUUUGGUCUUGGACCUGCUUUCAGACCAUAGGGAAAGGAGUAAAGGCCUGAAAAUCUUGGGGGAAAAGUUCCUCUCAGAGUGUCAUGUUAUUAAAAAACAUACAUCAUGGAAGAAAUGACCUAUCAGAAUAGUUCCCUAAGAGCUUGUAAUUCUGUUGUUAUGGAGGACUGACUAGAGAUGGUUCUAUGAAGGCAAACUGAUGUGUCACUGUCACUAGGAAUGCUAACAUCAACCCAGGCGUAUUGUUCCCCCAUCUGAAACAAAAAACAUUAACAGAAAGGGAACAGUCAAUUUGCAAUCUAGAACCACUAGUGUCUACAAGGAAGAAUUUAUCAGUGUGUCUCUAGUACUGACCAGGACUAAGCAAGAAGUUGCCCAGACCAGAGAAUGUGAGCAUCACGUCUCCUUAACUAGCGUAGCCCCACAGUGGAGAAGGAUGCGCCAGGCUCACAGACAUGAGUCACUCCAGCGAGCCAACUAACUUCCCCUUUUCUGGUUUCAUGCUCAGCAAGCAACUUUUUCAUUAUAAUUAGGCCUCCUGUAUUGAAUUUUCUAGAGGGUUGCUGAGCAAGCAACAUAUAUACUUCAAUCUAUUAGACAGAGUAUUUCCCUUUAAGAAUCAAUAAGCUGGUGUUCUGGUUCAUACCUCAGCUUUUUGUGAAUUUGGUUGAUGUGAAUCGGUCACCCUGCACUUGAUGACAUGUGGCACUGCUGACAAAAUCAGGUUUGGGACCACCGUGACCCCACUGAGCUACUGCUUCUUUGGCUCUUACCUCACCCCCAGCCAGGCCUUGCUGACUUCUUUCAAGUUAUUCUAGUGUAUGCCUUUUAACUUCAGUCUUUUAAAUCCAAGUAUCAAUAAAUGUACUUUUCAAUUUCUCCAAAA